AUCAUCAUCAUCAUCAUCAUCAUCAUCAUCAUCAUCAUCACCACCACCAUCACAGCACAAGACCUGUCCCGAGCUCGUUCCCGCCUCCCGCCGCAGCCUCGCUUACAACAUCUCAAUCCGCCCUCGACCAUUCUCGCAUCCCCGUUUAGGAAAUACUCGACCUCCGUUGCAUCGGCCCCUCUGCACUUUCUCCACCCCCGGACUUCGCACUGGUCACGAGAUACAAGUCGUGUGCUUCUAUUGCUUGAGCAUUGCCUCUUGAUAAACCAUCACCAAACCACCAAUUCACGUUGUUUCUCUGUUUGCGCAAUCAAGUCGUCGGUCAAACUCGGCUCUAUUCCGUCAUCAGCUCCAAUGCUCCAAGUCUGCCACCCAACCCCUCCAGCAACUGUCCUUCCUGGGCACUUUGCUGCCCCAGUGAGGCGAACACCCAGAGCGAUGAAUCCGCCGUCAGCACCAAACCCAGCGGGGGAUGCUGGUGUUCUCCCAGAAUUCGGCAGCCUCAGCAUUCGGGAUGCGCCAUCACCACCAGGCGAGGAAGAGCUCGAUGUCACCAACAUGUCCCGCGAAACCGCCAUGAAGAUACUGGUGCGGUCCGUACUUGCGCUUGCCAAUGCUGCUGGCGAGAUCCCUGCUACACCACCUCUAUCACGACCCCAUACCCCUUCCGGAAAAGAGAACGUCCCAGGUACGCGUCCGCAUAGACGAACGGCGUCCCGGCCAGCAACGCCCAUACCGGCAGACAGAGCACAAACUUCAAGAACAGAUCUGGAGCAGCCCGAAGCGCAUCACGACGAACCCAUCAUCGACAUUGGCGCAGGAGCAGAGCCCGAGUAUGUGCAGCGAGCGAACAUGGCCCGCAAGUUCUUUUCGAAAUCGGUCCCAAAAGUCAGCUUGGAGGAAUACUGCAACCGCAUCCAGCAGUACUGCCCGCUGUCGACCGGAGUCUGGCUGGCAGCUGGCUCGUACAUUCUCCGCUUGAGUCUGGUUGACAAGUACGUCCCGCUCACCCACCGCACGAUGCAUCGGUUAGUGCUUGCGUGCUUGACCACGGCGAUGAAGACGCUCGAGGACCACCGGUGGCCACAGAAGAGGCUGGCAGCAGUGGGCGGUGUGGACGAGAUGGCCCUUGGCCGGCUAGAGCUCUGCGUUGAAUUCCUGCUGUCGUUCGAUCUGCAGUUCCUGGCAGAGAACCGGUUGAAGGACUCGACGGUCGCGCUGCAAAAGGCGGGCCAGGCUGCGGUGAUGACAGCCAGACUGCCGUCGUCGUUCAAAUUGAGUAUUCCACGGACACGGCACUAGCAUCCAGUUUUUCUUUUUCUUGAAUGGUCGGUUCAGUAGAGACCGACAUAGGGCUGGCGUUCUGGAACAGCAUACAGCCUUGGCUAGGGCUCGUGUACGAUAUGUCGGAGCCGUAUUACAGUUUGAUGGGCACGGCUUGCAGAGGGACUCUGGGCCAUUUUGAGAUACCACGUAGCACACAAGAAAAGUCCAAUUGAAUUUCCUCGCUCCGCCAG